AAUGAAAAUCGUAUAAAUAAAGAAAUAAAAAAAAUCAUAAAAAAAUAAAAACAAAGUCGUAAAAAUAGAAAAAGCAUUUAAAACAAGUGGUUCGCCGUGAAAUUUCUUCAUAUAUAAUCUUGUGCUUCUUUUGAGGUUCAUACAAUAUAUUGUCCAUUAGAAAUAAAUUGGGCCUUGGCUCGGAUUGCGUUGUUGGUUUUAGGCCCACGACCUGCCGAAAAAGAGAAAAAGAUGCGGCAUCUUGUCGGAGAAAAUUCUCUGCCAAUACAAUACCAUUUCUGGAAACGCGGCCUCCCGCCAUCUUCUCCAUCUGCCGCUUUAGUCGUCCUCCAUUUAAGACAACACAAGACCAAGAAAAGAAAUGACCAGGAAAUUCAAUUUCGCAUUUUCCUUCUUGUGAACAUAAUGCUUCGUCUAUGUUUCAGACCCCGUCGCUACCGUCACCUCCCUGUCCCUCGCUCUUUCUCUUCCUCCUCUUCUGAAAAUCCCGCCGAACCUCCACAUAAUGUCAUAAAUUCCCAUAUUACCCUUCCUCAGCCCCCAAUCGUCCCCCACCACCACCACAACAAUUCUGUCGUCACAACUACCGCCAAUACUUCUUCUCGUUACUCCGUACUCGGCAUCUCCCUCGUAUCUGCUAUAAUCGCUUCCGUCGCUCUCUAUUCCUCAAAUGACCAAACUAACCCUAGCCACUCCUCCAAUCCUCUUCACUCUGCAAUUGAACGCACAAUUUCAAAAUCAAACGAGUCAUUUAGAAGACUCUGUUAUCACGUGAGGCAAACGGGCGUUGCGGCAUCGGUUUUAUGGCAGUCAUUGAGGUCCGUACUAUCUUCGGCAAAUCAUGAAGUUAGGGUCGGAUUUGAGCUUCGCGUGGCGGCCUUGUUGGCUGACAUUGCAGCUGCUAAUGGGGCCCGCAGAGCUGCACUGGUUGGGGCUGGCGGCGGGAAGGUUGUCGAUUGGUUGUUGGAAACUGUGGCUGUUGGUGGCGGGACUCAGGCUGAGGCUGCGAGGGCUCUUGCUUACUUAAUUGCUGACCCCAAUGUUUGUGGUGAUGUGCUCGGGAGACCUCACGCUGUUCCCUAUUUGUUGCGUUUUAUCUUUACUUGCCAGCCAAAAAAGAAGCAUUCAGGACGUAGUUCAUUCGAUAUUUCUGAUUCUUUGAAAGGUAGGAGCAUGCUCGUGGCUGCCAUCAUGGAUAUUGUCACAUCCCACUCUGAUACUAUUUUAGAAAAGGUUUCUUUCAAGUCAACCUUGCCAGGGAAUGCUGAAACAAGGGAUAUUGCUGCAGCCAUUGAAGUUAUUGAGGAAGGCGGCUUGCAUAUUGAUGAGCCACAGGAUAAAGACACUGAUGAUAAUGGUGGAAGUGGAAUGAAGGGUAUUGGAAUCAAGAUCCUUGAAGGUACAACAGUUUUAGGGCUUGCAAGAAAUAGUGAGCUUGCAGAGUUUGAGAAUUCUAAUGUAGAAUCAUUUAGUCAGACUCCUAAAACCCUUAGCAUGCUACUGAAGCAAGAUGGUGGGCUAGCACAAAAUUUGUCAUCCGCUGUUGUUCCUGGACUUUGGGAUGAUCUGCACUGUCAACAUGUUGCUGUACCUUUUGCAGCAUGGGCGUUAGCCAAUUGGGCAAUGGCAUCUGAUGUCAAUAGAUCUCAUAUUCAGGAACUGGAUCAAGAUGGGCAAGCUGUCAUGACUGCACUGAUGGCACCUGAGAGAUCUGUGAAAUGGCAUGGAAGCUUGGUAGCCCGCUUGCUGUUAGAGGAUCGUAAUCUGCCUCUAAACGAUUCUGUUUCUGAUUGGAGUUCUAGCCUUCUUACAACUGUUUCUCAGGCAAGUAAAAAUGAUGAUAUCCCUUUGGCUCAGGUGGCUUUAUCUGCUUUUUUGCUUUCUGUUGAGAGAUGCCCAGGGGCAAGGAAGAUAGUGAUGGAUAAAGGUCUUGAACUGAUGAGAAACACAGCUAAGCAGACAACAAAAUACAGGCAAGUGCAAGAAGCAUUAGCAAGGGUUUUGGAGUUACUUUAUGCUGGGGAUAUGCAUUUAUCUCUUCAAGAGAGCCAAAAGUGGUCUGGAAUUCUGCUUCCAUGGGUUUUUGGAAAAGUUGCUUCAGACACUUUACGAUCUUCAGCCACAAAAAUCCUCUCAUGCAUUCUCGAAGAUCAUGGACCAUCUUCUGUACCAAUUUCUCAAGGAUGGUUAACCAUUUUGUUAAAUGAAGUUCUUGCUUCCAGCAAGGCUUCAUUUAGUAAGGGAGGUACUCAGCCUAGAAGUGAUAAAGUGAAGACACAAAUUGAUAAGUCCAACACUCUGUUUGCUGCACAGACUGCUAAUCAGUUGGCAGGCGCUGUUGUAAAUCUAGCAGGGAAUCAGCUGGGAGCAGCUGCUAAUUCUGUUGACACAUUCCCACUGGCAGAUCUUCUUUCCCUGGAACCCUUUGCUGGACCGUUCCAGAAUUUCAAGAAAGAUGCUACAUCUAAAUUUAAUGUGGCAGAUUCUGCGGUGGCAACCCUUAAGGGGAUCAAAGCACUGACUGAACUUUGUUCCGAGGACUCUGUAUGUCAAAACAAAAUAACUGAACUUGGGGUCUUCUGUUUAUUGAGGCGCUUUUUGUUAUGUGAUGAUUACGAGAGACUAUCUGCAAUGGAAGCUUAUGAUGCGUCAAGAUCCCUUGAGGCCCAGGAGCGGGUCCCAAAGGUCACUGGCGAGACACCUAAUGCAGCUGCAAAUUAUCCUUCUAGUGUUCGAGUUCCACCUACGGCGCAUAUCCGAAGGCAUGCAGCUAGGCUUUUAACUGUCCUUUCACACCUACCUAAAGUCCAGAAGGCCAUUCUAGAAGAUACAACUUUGUGUAAAUGGCUUGAAGAUUGUGCUAAUAAUAAGAUCCCAGGUUGCAGUGAUUGCAAAAUACAGAGUUACUCAAGGGCAACACUGUUAAAUGUCUUCUGCUGUCAAUCCAGUGGUAGAGAAUCUCUGAACAGUAAUAUUUCAGAGGGUGAAGGUGUUAACAGCAAAGGUGGUUGUCCUCAUUAUGAUGACAUGAUAUUUUUAAUUAAUCCUGAGUUGCCUCACUGGAAGCGUUGUGAAAAUAUGGAUGAUAAGACAGUUGAAUGGAACAAGCUGUCUUUGCUUAAGACUGAUUUUAUCAAAGGCGACAAUUCAUCUGUAACCAGAGCUUCAAAUGUUAGUGAAUAUUCUAUCUCUGCCAAUGAAUCCCUUCAUAGCUCUGAAUCAGAAGCUCCUCAGUUAGAUGUAGUCUUUAUUCAUGGAUUGCGUGGUGGGCCUUAUAAGACUUGGCGUUUAUCCGAAGACAAAGUAUCAACUAAAUCUGGAUUGGUUGAGAAGAUUGAUGAGGAAGCUGGAAAACUAGGAACGUUUUGGCCCGCUGAAUGGCUAUCAACCGACUUGCCUCAAGUGCGCAUGUUUACCCUCAAAUACAAGACAAAUCUUACACAAUGGUCUGGGGCUACACUACCUCUUCAGGAAGUUAGCUCCAUGAUGUUAGAGAAGCUUGUUGCUGCAGGCAUUGGAAAUCGACCUGUUGUGUUUGUGACUCACAGCAUGGGGGGCUUGGUUGUGAAGCAGAUGCUGUAUAAAGCAAAGACAGAAAAUAUCAAAAACCUAGUGAACAACACUGUUGGAAUUGUGUUUUACAGCUGCCCACACUUCGGAAGUAAACUAGCAGACAUGCCUUGGCGAAUGGGGCUCGUGUUUCGCCCUGCUCCAACUAUAGGGGAGCUAAGAAGCGGGGCUCCUAGAUUAGUUGAGCUCAAUGACUACAUCCGCCACCUUCACAAGAAAAGACUGGUUGAAGUCCUCAGUUUUUGUGAGACCAAGGUAACUCCAAUUGUUGAAGGGUACGGGGGAUGGGCCUUCAGAAUGGAAAUUGUACCAAUUGAAUCAGCAUACCCUGGAUUUGGUGAACUUGUUGUGUUAGAGUCAACAGAUCAUAUAAAUUCUUGCAAGCCGAUCAACCGCAAUGAUCCUUCCUAUACGGAGACGUUAGAAUUUCUGCGAAAGCUAAAAGCUCAUAAUUCAAAAAGAGACUCUGCUUCAUCAUGAUCAUUAUGCGUGAACACAGUUGGUGAUAAUCAUGGAAAUAUUUUGGAUGAAGCUUUUGGUUGGUGAUGCUUAGAUUUGAGUGGAAACUGAGACAAAUUUAGGCAUCACGUAGAGUCUGCAUCCAUGUGCGACUUGGGCAGCCUGUAAAAUUGGAUUACCAACCUCAUGAAAGGAAGCAUGGGGACAAACCCAUUCUUUAUCAAUUAUCAUACAAGAAUAUUCUGUUUUGUGUACAUUACUUCUCUGUAUCAAUUGAUUCCUGUAUAGUCACAUCUGUAAAUAAGCGUACAGUUCAGAAUUUGAUUCCAAGGUGUUGUUGUACAUACUAUUACAUGGAAGAAAAUCAAAUAUAAAUAUAUACUCGGAAAUGUUACACAGCA